GCUAAUUUUGUUAGAAGGCUAAUGGAUGAUUAGAAAACCCUUGUGCAAUUUAUUACUUCUCAUCGAAAACACUUUUCCAGAGCAGAUCACAGGAGUGGUUGGUCCCAGAUUGACACUGUGGAGAACUCUUGUCGAGUGUUUCACGUAUCAACACUUACGUUACUCCUAGGUGACCCCGGCUAACUAACAAACACUUGCAAAAUGUCUGACCUGACCUAAUUAUGAGAGACGUCCUCGCUGUUAUGCAGGAGUCACAGCUGAACCGGACUCUGACCCCAGAAACCAUGUGAUCGCCCCAACCCAUUCAUCUACCUGUCCACUCAUUCACGUCUUUGCGUGAUGACACAAAGUCGUUUCUGAAGCCUGCAGGGACGCCGGAGGCGACGUGUGUGGCACAAAAGGAAUUGCAUUGUUUUUUCAGGCCAGGAUGGCACUUCUGGUCCACAUUCUCGCCUGCGCCUUUGGCUUGGGCUCUUGGGUGGCCGUCAACGGCCUGUGGGUAGAGCUGCCGCUCAUCGUCAACACUCUCCCCGAGGGCUGGGAGCUGCCCUCCUACCUGACCGUCCUCAUCCAGAUGGCCAACGUGGGACCUUUGUUCAUCACGCUCAUGCACAAAGCCAGCCCAGGCCGCCUGAAUGAACGUGCCGUCAUCUACGCCAUCCUCUCCGUUGGCGUCCUGUCCUGCAUCUUGCUCACCUUCUUCUGGGACCGAACCAGUGUCGUGGCUGGCGCGUUGCACAGCACGGCCUUCUUCAUCAUCACCUUCUUCCUCUCACUAGUGGACUGCACCUCUUCUGUCACCUUCCUACCUUUUAUGAUGCAGCUUCCAGCCGAGUACAUCACCACCUACUUUAUCGGGGAAGGGCUGAGCGGCUUUGUUCCCGGUGUCGUGGCUCUGGCCCAAGGUGUGGGCAUGGCUAAAUGUGUGAACUCUACUCAGGGGAUAGAAGGAAACCGCACACGUGAGAACAUGCGGGCCCUCCAGACAGAAUAUCUACCUGCCAAUUUUUCCACGGAGGUGUUUUUCAUCUUCCUGACAGCCAUGAUGUGCAUAAGUCUGGCUGCUUUUGUCGGCCUUAACAGGCUUCGUCUGCCAUCUGAUGAAAAUUUGAUGGAGGGCUCCGUGGCGUCGGUCUGCUCCGGCCUGGACAAUCCUAUGGCAGAGAUUGAUGGAAAGGAUCGAAAAUGGCAGUACAAGGAGGGGGGACAUAUAGGGCCCCCGCCUGCUGUGCCCAAUCACUCUGUGUACCAGCUGACCUUCAUCUACAUCCUGGUAGUGUGGGUCAACGGCGCCACCAAUGGCGUGCUGCCCUCCGUGCAGACAUACUCCUGCAUGCCCUAUGGCAACCUGGCCUAUCACCUCUCGGUCGCUCUGGCUUCAGUGGCCAACCCAGUAGCGUGCACCGUUGCAAUGUUCUUUCAAAACAGGUCUCUUCUGUUUCUGGGUGUGCUGGCGCUGUUGGGGACAGGCUUUGGCAGCUAUAACAUGGCCAUGGCCGCCAUGAGCCCCUGUCCUUUACUUCAGGGCUCCAUAGCAGGAGAAGUAAUCAUUGUCCUCUCAUGGCUCCUCUUCACUGGAACUUUGUCUUACGUCAAAGUGAUGGUAGGCGUCAUCCUGCGUGACCGCAGUCAUAGUGCUCUUGUUUGGUGUGGUGCAGCAGCUCAAGCAGGGUCACUGGUGGGCUCUGUUGUCAUGUUUCCACUGGUCAACGUCUUAAUGCUCUUCAAGGCCGGGGACUUCUGCAACACCAAAUGUCCACCCUGAGAACUAUCAUGUUGAUUUAUAGACUUGUUUGUGAUGAGUAUGGGUUUAUUUAUUUUGAUCCAAAAUGAUAGGCUCCCGCAUGCCCACAACCCCAGGGUAAGCGGAUGGAUGGAUGGAUGGAUGGAUGGAUGGAUGGAUGGAUGGAUGGAAGCUGGGUACUGCACUGGUAGCAUAAUUGGAUAAGUCAUAUUUUAGCCAUCCAUCGAAUUUGACUUGUUUUCUUUAUAUUUUAAUAAAAUGGCACAACCCAGAAUUUUUACCUACUCUUUGUCCUAUAACGCAAAAGAUUUCACACAUUCAUUUUACACAACUACAUAAUUUUAUUUUGUUCAACUGUUCUUUUAAAGCUUGCAUCACUUUUUUCAUUAUAAAACAUUUGUACUGAUCCAAGCAUGAUGCAACUGUGUGGAAUAUCCCAAGCGAAUAAAAAAUGCGGUAUUU